GAAGAAGACUCAGGAAGGUAAAAACAAGGGAAAGAAGGCAGCAGAUACAAAACAGAAAAAGACUGAUUCGGAUUCUACUUCUGCAGAUAUGAGGGAUUCUAAAGAGGGUCAUAAAGAAGAAGAUGAAACGCCUUCUGUUUCUGCUGUGCUGUCUCUGGAACAAACAGCUGUGAUUCAGGAAAUGGUAAAUCAAGAUGUACUUCCAAAGCUGAUGAUCCCCAGUCCGACGAAUGAGCCACAAGUGGUAACUGAAGACAAAGAAGGAGAAGCAAUAAACUGUGCAUCAGAUGAUUUAGAUGAUGACGAAGAGGACGAUGAAGAAGAGGAAGAUGAAGAGGAGAUGGAAGAUGCCAAUAUGCCUAAAGAAAGCGCUGAAAUGCCUUUGAUGUGUGAAGAAAAGUUGGACUCCUUGGAAGAACAAAAGAGUACGUCAGAGGAAUCUCCAGAAAGCUCUCCAAAGAAAAAACUCAUGGUGAAAAUUCCAAAAGCGCAGGGGGAAUCCAACGGUGAUGUUCAGGAAAUAUUCAUGUUUCCCUGCCAGCAUUGUGAGAGGAAGUUUACAACAAAGCAAGGCCUGGAGCGCCACAUGCACAUCCACAUAUCCACCCUGAGCCACGCCUUCAAGUGCCGUUACUGCGGGAAAGCCUUUGGCACCCAAAUCAACAGGCGGCGGCACGAGCGGCGCCACGAGGCCGGGCCGAAAAGGAAACCAUUCCUGACACUGACCUCCUCACAGCACUUGGAUAACGUUGCUGAUAACCAGGUGGUUGUGGAUGAUGGUCUUAAAGAUGACCUGAAUGUUUCCAGUCUUGUGCAAGACUCUGUUUUGGAGUCUGAGAAAGUUUCCCAGGAAAUGUCAAACUCUGCGUUUGCUGAGGAAAAUAAGGAGCCCAAAGAAUUGCAUCCGUGCAAAUACUGCAAAAAGGUUUUUGGUACUCACACCAACAUGAGGAGGCAUCAGCGUAGGGUUCAUGAACGUCAUCUUAUUCCCAAAGGUGUCAGAAGAAAAGGAUUCUUCACUGAGGAGCCACCUCUCCCGACAGAGCCAGCCCCUGCAGUGCAGAGUGUGUACAUAGCGAGCACAGAAAUAGAGGAGGAAGGUGAAGGAGAUGAUGUCUAUCUUAUGGAUAUAUCCAGCAAUAUCUCUGAGAAUUUAAAUUACUACAUUGAUGGUAAAAUUCAGUCCAAUAGCAACACUAGCAAUUGUGAUGUGAUUCAGAUGGAGUCCAACUCUGCAGACUUGUAUGGAUUGAACUGUAUCAUCAGUCCGGUGACAGUGGAAAUUUCCUCCAAUUUAAAGGUUACACAAACACAUGUGAAUGAAGCUGCUAAGGAACCCUCUAGCAGUGGGAGCAGUGAACCCAAAAAGAGAAGAACUGCUAGCCCUCCUCUUGUACCAAAAAUAAAAACUGAAAUAGACCCAGAACCUAUAACUCCUACUAGUUCUUUAAAUCUUCCUCUUAGCAUUUCAACAGAAAGCUUACCUUUUCAUAAAGAAAAAGGAGUUUAUUUGUCAUCAAAAUUAAAGCAGCUUCUUCAGACACAGGACAAUAAGAAGAUAACUCCAUCAAGUGAAAUCCCUAAAAUAGGACCUUCUGUUACAUCAUCACCUAUUUUGCCUCCAGUAUCCAGCAGGUUUAAAAGAAGGACCAGCUCUCCUCCCAGUUCUCCACAGCACAGUCCAGUGCUUCGAGACUUUGUCAAAUCAGGUGAGGGGAAAACUGUGUGGAAUGAUAAUAUUCGGAGUUCAAAAAUGCCAAAGUUAGAAAGCCACAGCAACUCACCUGCUUGGAGCUUGACUGGAAGGGAGGACAAAGAGACUUUGAGCCCUCUUUGCUUUGAAGAAUAUAAAAUAUCUAAAGACUGGACAGCAGCUCCAACUUUUGGCAACGUGUGCAACCAGCAGCCACUGGAUUUAUCCAGUGGUAUGAAACAAAGGUCUGAUGUCAAAAGCAAGACUCAGGUUCCCUGGGAAUCCGUUCUAGAUCUAAGCGUGCAUAAGAAGCCCUGCAGCGAUGCUGAAAUCAGGGAAUACAAAGAAAAUUCCACACAACCAACGUGUAGUGGUGUUAAGAAGAAGAAACCCACCACUUGCAUGCUGCAGAAGGUUCUGCUGAAUGAGUACAACGGGACAGAGGCAGCCCUAGAGAGCGGGCUGGGCACGGACAGCGCCGCCAGCCCCGGCAGGGCCCCGGAGCCUCCAGCAGAGCCCGAGGCCCAUCCCCCUGUGCCGGCGCCGUCUGCCACCGCCACUCAGCCCCUCGGCUCCUGCGCGUCCCCCGUGCCACAGGCGCCUGCUGCGCCUGCCGGCCAGCUGCCUCCAUUGCUGACGCCCACCAACCCCCCCUCCCCGCCGCCCUGCCCCCCUGUGUUAACAGUGGCCACCUCGCCUCCCCCCCUGCUCCCCACCGUGCCCUUACCCGUUGCAGAUGUCUCUGCCAGUGCCACUAACACUUCCUCCUGUCCCUCGCCACUCUCCAACACUACUACCCAAUCCCCGCUACCAGUUCUUUCACCCACAGUUUCUCCUUCUCCAUCCCCUGUCCCUUCUGUUGAACCUCUUAUUUCUGCUGCUUCACCUGGCCCCCCUACACUGUCUUCAUCUUCUUCCUCCUCCUCUUCCUCCUCUUUCUCAUCCUCUUCCUCCUCAUCGUCUCCAUCUCCACCUCCUCUUUCUGUAGUUUCUUCUGUUGUUUCCUCUGCUGAUAACCUUGAAAGUUCUCUCCCAAUAAUAAAGCAGGAAGAAGCUGAAAGCGAGCAGCAGAAAGCAAGAGAAGAUCCUCAUACUUCCAGUCAAUUAGGAGUAGUGCAGGAAACCUUCAACAAGAGCUUUGUGUGCAAUGUCUGCGAAUCACCUUUCCUUUCCAUUAAAGACCUAACGAAGCAUUUAUCCAUUCAUGCUGAGGAAUGGCCCUUCAAAUGUGAAUUCUGUGUACAGCUUUUUAGGGAUAAAACAGACUUGUCAGAGCAUCGCUUUCUGCUUCAUGGAGUAGGGAAUAUCUUUGUUUGUUCAGUGUGUAAAAAGGAAUUUGCUUUUUUGUGCAAUUUGCAACAGCAUCAACGGGAUCUCCAUCCAGAUAAAGAGUGCUCGCAUCAUGAGUUUGAAAGUGGGACUUUGAGACCCCAGAAUUUUACUGACCCCAGUAAGGCGAAUGCAGAGCACAUGCAGAGCCUGCCAGAAGAUUCUUUGGAACCCUCAAAAGAGGAGGAAGAUGAAGAUCUAAAUGAUUCUUCUGAAGAGCUUUAUACUACUAUAAAAAUAAUGGCUUCUGGAGUGAAAUCUAAAGAUCCAGAUGUUCGUAUGGGCCUCAAUCAACACUACCCAAGCUUUAAACCACCUCCGUUCCAGUAUCACCAUCGUAAUCCUAUGGGUAUUGGAGUUACUGCAACAAACUUCACAACCCACAAUAUCCCACAGACUUUUACUACUGCCAUUCGAUGCACAAAAUGUGGAAAAAGUGUUGAUAACAUGCCUGAGUUACACAAACACAUACUGGCCUGUGCAUCUGCUAGUGAUAAAAAGAGAUACACACCGAAAAAAAAUCCAGUACCCCUCAAACAGACAGUGCAGCCUAAGAAUGGCAUGGUGGUUAUUGCUGGGCCUGGGAAGAACGCCUUCAGACGAAUGGGUCAGCCUAAAAGACUCAAUUUCAAUGUUGAGAUUAGCAAAAUGUCCUCCAAUAAACUAAAAAUGAGUGCAUUGAAAAAGAAAAACCAGCUUGUCCAGAAAGCUAUCCUGCAAAAAAAGAAAUCUGCCCAGCAGAAGGCAGAACUGAAAAAUAACUCAUCUGAGACGGACUCUCACAUCUGCCCCUACUGUAACAGAGAGUUCACAUACAUUGGGAGUUUGAACAAACACGCAUCAUACAGCUGUCCCAAAAAACCCAUCUCUCCCUCCUCCAAAAAGAAUUCUUCCAAAAAAAGUGCAGCUUCUUCACCUGCAAACAGUGACAAAGGCAGCAACCAGCGCAGGCGAACAGCAGAUGCAGAAAUCAAAAUGCAGAGCACUCAGCCUCACCUGGGCAAGACGAGAGCACGAACCUCAGGACCUGCACAGCUCCAGCUCCCCUCUGCCUCCUUCAAGUCCAAGCAAAACGUUAAAUUUGUACCUUCCAUACGAUCUAAAAAGCCAAAUUCAUCUUCAUCGUUGAGGAACUCUAGUCCUGUAAGAGUGUCUAAAAUGUCCCAUGUUGAUGGGAAAAAAACUAAGGUGGUUUCUAAGAACAAUUCCUCUGGAAUCUCCAGCAAAGCGUCCCGGAAAUUGCACAUCAGAAUACAAAGGAAUAAUAAAGCUGUUUUGCCAAGUAAAUCUGUGGCGAGUAAGAAAAAGGCAGACAGGUUCAGUGUAAAAUCUAGAGAGAGGAUUGGAGGACCAAUCACUCGGAGCCUGCAGCAGGCAGCAAAUGCAGAGGCAGCAGAAAACAAAAGAGAUGAAAGCAGUACAAAGCAAGAACUAAAAGAUUUCAGUUACAGGCUCCGCGUGGCCUCUAGAUGUCCCUCCUCCUCCUCGCAUAGCCCCAGCGCCAGGCAGUGCAAGAAUCCCAGCUCCAGCACAUCCCACUGCUGCAAGGAAUAGACCCUGGGCGUGUCCGGCCAAACCAGGUGCCAGAAAGUUCUGACUGGGAAAGGUGAGGUGAAGCAAUCCUCAAGCAUUAUCCUCUCCUGCUUUCCUCAGAUGGGGUGAGAUGGGUUCCUCAGCAGACACAGGGACAGUGGUUCCUUCUGCUGGAAGUGUUGAUGUGCUUGUGUCAUCUCACCUUCCUUCCAAGGGAGGGAACACAGAGCAGGCUUUGCCUUCUCCACAGGAUGAUGAGCUGUGGAUGCUGGGGAUGCUGAGGGUGAUCUUGGGGUCUCCCAGUGUGUGGAGCCCACGUGCCAGCAUGGGGAGCAGCACUGGAGAAGUGUUCAGGCAUCUGCAGGCAAAGCACCCUUGCUCAGAGGGUGGAUGGGCCUGGAGGAGUCUCCUCUUUUGGGAGAGCACAGAGGGUUUAACAUACUAUGCAAUUAAAUUCUGAAAAGACUGUUACAUCCUUUUCAUUUCUGCUUUACAUCCUAGUGGGUAAAGAACUGGGCCACAAAACACUGAAGGGACUGUUGGGUUUCCCUGAGGUUUCCACAUGUGAACUCUGUGGGUACCCCAAUCUCUUGACAUUGUGCCAUUAGCUGUAAGGGGCAUGUGCUGUUGCUUUUGAAGUGCAUCAGGGCACAUUUUUUGGGAAGAUCGCCUGUUAUAUGAUCUCUGGGAAAUGCACUGAUAGCCCAGUUCCAUGAUGGGACAAGCAGCCACUUCUCAAAAGCUGCCAUAACUUGUAUUGCCAGCCUGGUACUGUUUAGGGUCAGGAUUUAUUUAUUUAGGACAGUAUCAAACACAGGUGUUGCUGUGCUGUAUCAGGCCAGACUUGUCCUUAAAUACAACAUUUGUCCUUAAAUAGAGCACCUGUGUUUGUGUCUCUGGACAUGUGUUUGUUUUUGGGGGUCCUGUCCAGAGGGCAUCCAUGAGGACAGCCAGUAAAGACUAAUUCCAGAAACACACAGCUCAGCUGCUGAAAUGCAGAAAUGUCUCUUAGCUCUUUCCUGCCCCCAGAUGGGGUCAGUCACACCCAGGAGAUCAUCUGCCAGUUCUGGGCAGAACUUCUGUUCCCCCGUGAGGUGAAGGGUCUCUUCUGCCAACACAUGG